UAAUCUUGAUUCAUAAAAUUUCAGCUUGUGUAUCGGCAGUUCUACAAGCCGAGUUCUUUAGGAGAAGUAGGAACUUUGAGCCAGUUGCGAAAUUUUGUUCACAGAAUUGAUGUCCAUGGGGGUGACGAAGUAAUUCAAAAAUACAGAGCUCACUAUGCAUUUUUGAUGGACUGCUUGGAUGCUUUGAUCACAGGAGCAUGCCUACAUCUUCUUGAAAAGGACAACUUAGAUUCCAAACCAAACCGGAAGCAAGAGCUUUUUGAGGCUCAGUCUACAGAUGACAAGUACAAAUUUCUUCGGCAAAUUGCCAAGGAUAUACUAGAUAGAUAUGUAAACCUUAAUCCAGAUUUGAGAAGAUUCGAGGAGAAAGUACAAGAAUUAGAUGUCCAAAGUCAACAAAUCAAAGACAUGUUUGAUCAUAGACUGCAAAAGUACAUCUGUGUAUCUUGUGAAAAACAGUACAAAAAAGUAGGCCAUUUAAAGAGACACUUAAAAGAAAAACAUUUGUGGGAUUUCACAGAGACUGAAACAGAAGAAGAGGAAAAACCAUAUAGAAUAUCCUUGUACAGGGCUUCACUAAUGAAAUGUUUGUUAUUGCUUAAAGACACCAAUGAUGGAUACAAUAUGGGAGAUGGAGACAGAAUCAUGAUAAAUGCUAAGUUUCAGAUGUUGCUUUCAGGGGUAUGUAACCACACAAAAUACCAGAUCUGGUUAUUUAGAUUCUUGGCAUAUUAUCAUUGCAUUCUGAGUCCCAGAGAUGCUCACGAAUACAAGUGGAACUGUACAUCAAACCUCUCUGGUGGCACUGGCCACAACAUACUAAACGACAAUUUAGUUGAAAUAAUGGUCCAUAGAUUGAAGGAAAAACUACGUACACAAGGAGCAAACGUUACAUACGAGAGUGCAAGAAAGGCAGCCCUGUCACUUCAAGUACAAGAUCAAAUUAAACAGAAUGCCAUGCAUGAAAUUGCCUUGAAACCAAAAGGAAUAACCCGAACAGAGCCAUCCAAGAAGACUGAUGUUGAAUUAAUUAUAGACCAAUUCAAGAAAGCUGAAAUUUUUGAUUGUGUGCCUGGAAGGCAAUUUCAUGCCUUUUCUUCCUUUCAGGACUUAUUUUCAAGGGUAAAAGAUGUAGAAUUACAUAAAUGGAUUCAAAGCCAGCUGAAAGAAGCAUUGUCAUAUGAGAUUGUAUAA